ACUACAUUACAUUUCUACAAAGAAACAAAGCUUUUAUUUUAGAAAUAAGAAUUAAAAGGUUUUGAGAUGGAGAAUAACACAAAUACAACUACUGCUGCUACCACCACCAGUGCACCCUCAAGUUCAACAGUUUCAAGAACUGUUCUUUUACUUUUGAGGGUGUUAACUUUUGUGUUCCUUCUCAUUGCUUUCAUAGUCAUUGUCUUAACAAAGGAAACUUUAGAUGGGGAAUCUGAACUUAAGUUCAAAGAUAUCCAUGCUUAUCGAUACAUGCUCUCGACAAUAGUCAUUGGGUUUGCAUACAAUUGCCUACAAAUGGCACUUUCAAUUUUCAGUGUGGUAUCAGGAAAUCGUGUAUUAAAUGGUGGCGCAGGCUAUAAGUUUGAUUUUUAUGGUGAUAAGAUAAUAUCAUACUUUCUUCUUUCCGGUUCAGCUGCUGGAUUUGGUGCCUCAGAAGAUUUGCAUAGGUUCUUCAAAGCAAAUGAUCUUCCUUUAAACUCAUUCUUUGGAAAGGCUAAUGCUUCUGCAAGUCUUCUUCUAUUUGGAUUUCUCACCACAGCCAUAGCAUCAGUUUUCACUUCAUUUGCUUUGCCAAAGAAAGCUUAGUUUAAUGCACAAAAUGAUCUAUGUUCCUAGAUUACUAUUUUUUUCCUUUCUUCUAUUCUCUAGUUUGGUCUAAUUCAUUGGGUUUCUUUGUUUGUCAAUCAAUUAUGUUUUGUGAUGGAUUUGUUUGAAUCAUCCUAAAUAAGAAUUGUACUUGUUUUGAUUUUUAUUUUUUUUAAUAGAAAUGGAUGAAUUCCUCUUGUUUUACUUCAA